AUGAUCAGCUUCACAAGAUGGACUACAGUGGAGGAGGUUGUUGAGAUUCCACCAGCUUUCCCAGAAUUCACCUACUCCCUUACUCCCAUAGAGAAGCUCCCAUCAGUUUUGGAUAACAAAGAGUACUUUACAGUCACAAAGAUCUCGGAUACUUUGCCAUUACGGCCAAGAUCCCAGCAAGUUGAUACCAUGAAAAGAACCGUGACACAUUCACCACAAAUUGUAAUAUUUGUUGGCACUCUUGUGAGGGGCUAUGCUGGUGCUGGAACCAUCUCAUUGUCUGGCGGCUCAUCAUGCAAGUGGUAUAUAAAUCCUGAUGUCCCUGAAGCAAAAAACCUUAUUGCCAGCAUGAAAAGCGUGCACCGACCAGUUGCACUCGCUCCACAGGUAAAAUACAGUGAGCCCAGAACUUCUAUUGCAGAACACAAAAAAGUAUCUGAUAUCAAGUAUCUUCACCCCUUCAAGAACAAGAAAGUAGAAUGGUUGGUUACAGUAAAGAUAAUGAAGAUUGAUAAGUCAUGGUGGUAUGAGUCGUGCAAGAAAUGUUUCAGGACAACUAGGCCUCAUGGCAACACCUACAAAUGCUCUAAUCCAACAUGUAGCACCAUUGGUGCGCCUAGCCCAAGGUACAAACUGGUCAUCAUUGCUGGGGACGAGACUGGUGACACUGAGUUUGUCAUGUUUGGACGCAUAGCGCAGCGUCUCAUAAAAAAGACAGUCGAUGCUCUCAUUGCCAAUAAUCCGCCUGGAUUUAUCCCUGACGAGAUCACUAAGCUAUUGGAAAAGGUUUUCACGUUCAAUGUUUGCUUCACAGAGAAUACAAUUUCUUCUGGCAAUGUCUCUUUCCAGGUCAAUACCAUUGUUGCGGAGAUUGACGAUGGGAAUCCUGUUCCACUAACGCCGGUUGGGUCACAGUCAUCGUCAGCUGUGCUCUCACACCAUGCAGGCAGCAGUGUAGAGUGCACACCAGAAAAGGACUCUGACUUCACUUUACCUUCACCAUCAGCCAGAUCACAGGCUACUCAUGCAUCAAGCACCACACCUUCUAAGACCGUGAUGCCUGACACUGGGCUACCAACUGCACCACGGAGCAGCACAAAAUCUGAUAAGAAUAAGGCAGUGCAGGACAAGGACAGCCGCCUUCCAAGUGAGGGCCCUGUUACAGUGUCACCAAUUGUACCAACUUAUUCAACGCCUGAAGCGCAGCAAAGCACAACUAAGAAAAGAAACCGUGCAUCACUCGAGAGAAAAACUGCAAGGAAGAUUAUUUUGGAUGAUGGUGGCAAGAAUGACAGUGGGGAUGAUUCCGCUGCUUCCCCUACUGGGCCUAGGUAUCUCCCACUCUCUGCUUAA